AUGGACUCGGUAAGGGCGUGCACUAUAAGCCUCAGCUUCAGCAAGUUAUGUCCCAUCGGGACGCUGGUAUCUAUCAAGCGUACAUCAAUUAACGUGUCCAACGUGACGUACAGGCUGCAUUCCUCGGCCCGCCUUCGUCCGGGGCUCUGUUUAAAGCGGUCACACAUGAGUCGAUAUGCCGACCUACGAGCACCGACCGAGCUCCAUUCAGAUGAUGUUGACGCUCUUAAGGCCGACCCGGCGAUGGUUCAGCUUCGAGAGCGGAGGGACCGGUUAACCAAUGAAGCGCGCAAAGAAUCUGGAACCCUGAGGAAGGCGGAAGCUGAAGGGACCAAGAUCGAUCAGAUGUACAAGGAAGUCGACAGAGCGCUUCGUUCUGCAAAAAUGACAGCACUCGAUUCGGCGAAGAAAGCCUCUCGACAGCAGUUUUUCGACACAAUCAGCACAAUUGAGAUCAACGAGCAACUUGAUCUCUCCAUGCUAGAUCUCAAUGAAGGCGACUGGGAGCCUAAAAAGGUGGAACACCAUUUGGAAGAACGACGAGUGGUUGCAGAUCUUUUCCCAAAAACCAUCUAUGGAGAGGUUUAG